UUUUAACCUAACCAUAUGCCGACAGGACCGCAGCCCACCAACACCGAUGAAUGAUGAUGACAGCAGAUGGCCAUCAUCUUCCUGGCAUUUUGCGCCUCAAUCCCGGAAUCCGACAUCGCAUCUACCUUGACGUCGGUCUCGGCCAAACGCCAUGUCAUGAAUGGACCUACCCCGAAGUUUACGAGUUGGGUGGCCCAUUAAUAUCCGACGUGGUGGAACCGAGGACUGAGCACGAACCUGGACCUGCAGCCUUCCAUGGUCUACUGCUGUCCUGUCGGACCAUAUAUCUCGAAGCAUCCGCGCUCUUGUACUCGGAAAACUGGUUCAUCAUCCGCUACCAACCUCUGCGGACUCUCAGUUCCCUCCGCGCCCUCAGCCCUCACGCGUUGGCAUCUCUGACCAAUCUCAAAAUCGUACUCAACCAAUCCUCUUGCCAUGCACCAAAGCCGGUAGAAUGGGGGUUGGGCGCCUGCUGUGGACGCGUGUGGGUGUCCGACUCGGAACAAUGCAAGUCGAACGAGGCCGGCCCUAAACUUUUUCACGACUGCUUUCCAAACGGCGCGUAUGGUCAUGACGCUUCGCUCGUCGGAUCCAGCCCUCUGACCGAGGAAGUGCUCGCAGAGUGGCAGACGACCGCUUCCUAUUUAUCACCGCAUAUCAUACCUGGAAAACUUGAACUAUCCUUGGUCUGCGACGUUCGACACGGGGAGGUCGAGAUAGGGAGACGUGUGUUAGAUGGCCUUCAUAUGCUCCCGCGACUGAAAGAUUGCCACAUCCGACUAUGCGAAACCCGAGAUACCCAACUCCAACAUAUCACUCAGGGGGCUGUUUCACGGGCUCGCGGUAUUAUAUCCUCCGAACCUCCGACGUCGCCAGGCAGCCCCGAACCUUCGAAUCCUCAUUCUCUUCUCCACCUACCGCCUGAGGUACGGCUCCGGAUUCUCGAGUACACCGACCUUGUCACUCCUAGCAAAGAGGUCAUGUGGCACCGAAACGUCCCCGGCAGCGGCUAUUACGCAGACAGAGCCCCUUGCUAUGAUGCCGACAGGCCUGGGUUUUGUUUGCCAGAGUGCGGCGGUGCGUGCCAGUUCAGCCAGUGCUGGCAGACACCGUGGCCCCAACCAUCUAUCGGCUGUUUCUGCCGCUCUGUCCAUAGUGCUUUUUCAUCCAGAUGUAACUGCUGGGCGCCCCCAACCCCCUUGUUCCUCGUCUGCCGGACUGUUUAUACAGAAGCCGAACUGGUCUUCUAUAGCCAAAACCGCUUCAUCGUCGUCGACAGCCCGUCCAGACACCCUUGGGAACGGUGGGCACCGGGCGACUACCCAUUCGAGUCUUUUGCCGCCACCCAAUUCCUGAGGCACGUUAUCCCUCAACACUGUCUUGGGUACCUCCGCUUUCUCGAGCUCACAUUUUCCCAAUUUACCUACCCGGCCCGGCCAAGGGACGAGCACCCCGCGCUCCGGUAUUGGGAUGAAACCGUCGAGUGGCUCAAGGACAAGCUUAACCUACCCGUUCUGACCCUGCGUCUAAUCGUGGUGGGCAACCGCGACCCCGACCGAGGUCCGAGAAGUACCUAUGAAAUGACGCGAGAGCAGGGAAAGGAGGUCUUGGCUACGUAUAACCGUAUCCUACGUCCCCUGCAGCUCUUGGGUACUGCGCCUGGUGGCGGCCUGGCGGCGUUCUAUGCUGUACUGCCGUGGCCGUUGAAAUGGUCGCGUUGGGCGAGGGUCACGGCUGGUGAAGAAAGGCUCUCAGAGUGGCUGGAUUCCAAAGACGAAGAGAUCAAGAGGCGCGCCGAGAAGUUCGUCCUCGGGGACCGGUACGAGUCUGUCUCGCUCUCCGCCGUGGAACCGGAGAUGAGCGUCUGGUCGUGGGGCCAACUAAGUUACUAGUUGCGGUAGGGUCGGUCGCACAUGGGCAUGGGCAUGGGCAUGGACAUGGCGGUAGUUAAUGUGGUAGAUUUGGCUAGGAUGAACCGGGGAGGAGGAGCAAAGAGUCAAAAACAUACAACACCGGGGAUUCGCUGGUGGUCACCGACCCAACUACUGAUCCGGCCCUACUCAUGUUUGUCUAUGGUCAAGG